AAAAAUACCUAUAUUUUUAGGAGAUUUGCAAUAUGGGCUCGCUUAGGUGAACUAGACUAUCUUUCGAUCAACGAAGAUGCCAGACCUACAGACUAUAGAAUAGUAGAACGAAUAAUACAUCCGAAAUACAAAGCAUAUUCCCAUUACAAUGAUAUAGCAUUGUUUCGUUUAGAAAGAGAUGUAGAUUUCUCAUCAUAUGUACGACCUAUUUGUCUCAAUAGAAAUCAUUCUUUGACACCACCAGCAGUAAUAGCUACGGGAUGGGGUAACACUGAUACAGCUUCACUUGGCAGCUCACAUUUAUUAAAAGUACAAAUACAAACUGUUUCGGCCGAAGAGUGCAAUAAAAAUUUUUUGUAUCUGCCAAAUAAAGAACAAAAAUUAGCAAAAGGAAUCCUUAAAGACUUAAUGGUGUGUGCUGGCAAUCCAGAAGGCGGAAAUGACACUUGUCAAGGCGAUUCAGGUGGUCCUAUUCAAAUAAAACAUAAUAGUUACAAGUGCAUGUAUUCACAAAUAGGGAUUACAUCAUUUGCAGGGCCAUUUUGUGGACAAGCCAAUUCGCCUGCUGUUUAUACACGAGUAUCAAAAUAUAUUUCAUGGAUUGAACAAAUUGUCUGGCCAAAAUUAAUUAUGUAUUGUCAUCGGUUAUAUGUGGCCAAGUCCAUUUGCAAUGGUGAUGGCGGAAGUCCUCUAAUAUGUCCACUUAAGAACAAUCCUAAACAAUAUCAUCAGGCCGGUAUCGUGGCAUGGGGACUCGGGUGCAACAAUGAGAUACCUGCCGUAUAUGUAAACGUGGCUAAGUUUAGAGAAUGGAUCGAUGAAAAGAUGGCUCAAGAAAAUUUCGAUACGAGCUUCUAUGAUCCGAAUCAUAUUCCCAAAACGUCUGCUGAUGACUUCGAAUAG